UACGGGUCUACCCCCUUUCUCGACCACGACUGCAGAGAACACGGCAUGGCUACAGCAGCCCAACAUUUCUCCCUAAGUUUUUUUGGUAGAUUCUAUGUUCGUGCUUAGUGACUCUGUAUAAGAACGGUGUAAAGUUGUGUUCUCGCUUGACGACAACAAUCCGCGAUGAAGUCAUCCGUUAACCACAUGCGGAGAUUCACCCGCGGUGCGUAUCUGACGAAUCUUGCUGUGAUAGCCAGUCAAUUUCAUUUUCAGAGAGAAGCCGUCGCGGCUUUCGUUCCUUUUUCCACCUUGCCAAGGAGCAACCUUCAGUCGCCAAUGUCAACGUGCGGGUAUCGAUCACCCUCCAACCUAUGUCACUCGGACUUCGCUACACGUUGCAUCCGUGAGCCCACUUUGACUCCGUCUACUUUCAAAAAGCACCCCCUGAGAGCGAGAUCGGACAACGAAAGCGAUGAAAGUAAGGAUCAAAGCCUAUCUGCCGAAUCAGCGGGGUGGCUCGCUACGAUUGUAUUGCCUCUCUGGUUCGUGUACAUUACCAACCAAUGGAAUCGCUAUUCCAUUAAUUAUCUUGUCGAUUUCUCCAAUGACGCGAUUCCCUUUCAGGCGAUGAAUGUGGAUAUUGGCUUUGAUCAGGCCCAGUACGGUUUGCUGGCAUCUAUUGCCUUUACAGCACUCUAUGCAGUGGCAACCUUGGGAGCUGGUAUCGCGUCCGAUCGGUUCAAUCGCAGAACGCUCACGAUCGCUGCUGCUCUCGGUUGGUCCGCCGCAACAUUGGGUACAGCACUGGCCAACACGUAUACCGAAGUACUGCUGUGUCGCGUGGCCAUGGGUUUGGCCUGUGCGUUUUCGACGCCAACGGCCUAUACGCUAAUCAAAGAGCGCGUACCAGAAGAGCGGAUUGCGUUGGCGACGAGCGUGUACGGUACAGGAGUUGCUGUCGCUAGUGGGUUGGCUUCGUUGUCACUGAUUUUGGAUACUCAAGUGGGUUGGAGGAGCACAUUACUUGUCGUUUCGGCUAUUGGUUUUGCGUCGGCGGUCGCGACCGUCGCUUUGGUAGAGGACGACGAUCCCAAAAAACGCACAGGACAAGAAUUCGCGUCAGAUGGUACAAGUGUCGCGACCGAUGGCUCGGUACUCGCCGACGUCCAAGAAGCUGUCUCCACCAGUCGUGUCCAAUGGAUAUUUCUUGGUAGUUUCUUGCGCUUCUGUUCAGGUUUAUGCAUCGGUGUUUGGGGAGCGCCCUAUUUUCGUAUGGUGUUCAGCGACCAACAGUCUGAGUACGCCAUUGCUCAAGCCGGAAUUAGUGCAAUCGGGGCUAGUCUCAGUGGGCUAUUGGGUGGUGCAACGGCAGACUGGCUUUCGUCCAAUGCCGUCAAGGACCAAGCCGAUGAUCCCGUAGGUCGAAGACUGUGGGUGCCGGUUGUUGGAUCGAUUCUGGCAGCCCCAGCUUGGUACUACGCAGUGAAUUCGGAGCAGUCCUUUGAAACUGCAAUGGCCUUUUUGGCGGCCGAGUACUUUGUAGCGGAAUGCUGGUUCGGACCUACCAUUAGUACGCUACAGUCCACAGUGGGCCCCCGCAUUGGCGGAACGGCACAAGGUUUGUUUACUUUGACAGGUGCGUUUGCCAACUUGGCGCCCAGCUUACUGGGUUUUCUCUACGGAUCGAUGAGUGGGGGCGGUCAAUCCUCUCCCGAGCUGGCAAAUCUACUCGCCGCCGGGGUCUGCAUUGGCUACCUGUCCAGUGCCUUUUGCUUCGCCGUAGCGGCUAAGUCACCCCCUCCAGUCGCAGCCCUACCAGACAAAAUGGAAAACAAUGUGGGCAGCUCUUGA